AUGGAUUCCGUGACACGCCAUUUAACACAGGUCAAAUCGUCUUUGGAAACUUCGAUACAUAACUUAUAUGCCAACAUAGAGCACAAAGUUCCCGAAAAUAUCGAUUUGGCGUUGAAGUCGUAUGCCCACGCUUUGGCCAAUACUUCAAAAGACGAAGCACUCAGCGACUUGGCUCUGUUGAAAAUUACACCAGCCACGGUGACAAUUUCUCUCACGACAGUAGCGAUGGUUUUUUUCCUUAAUAAAUUGUUCAAAUCUUCGCUGUCGGGUUCCAAACCGGCACCAACCAAGAAGAAAAAGAAGAAGCUCACGAAGACGCAAAAGGCCAACAAAGAGAUCCAAGCGGUAUUGGACUUUGUCGAGGAAACUUACGUUCCCCAGAUCGAAGAAUUUUUCGAGAAAUAUUCCACCAUCUCUCCUGAGAAUCGUGAGUACAAGUUCAAGUAUUUUGAGGAGAUGUUGUUGAAAGAGUUGAUGAAGUUGGACGGUAUCGACACCGCAGGAAACGAUGUUUUGCGUGAGAACAGGAAAAAGGUAAUCAAGUUUAUCCAGCUGUACCAGAAGAAACUAGACCAGUUCAAAAGCGAAAAUCCCUAG